AUGAGCAGCAUAUUGGCAUCAUUAGAGUUAUCCUCUUUAAAUAAUUCAUUCUUCAGCAUCCACACAAACUUAAACGAAUCAAUUUUAACUACUAGUUGUAUCGUGCCUUUAAAAUCUCAGGAGCUUGUAAAAAUAGGCAGAUCCAAAUCUUGCAAUAUCCAAGUUGAAAGUGAUUACGUUUCACUGCUUCAUGGUAUCCUAUGGUCUGUUCAAUUUGAUGAAGAUACCCCUCCUUUGUUUUACCUAAAUGAUUCUUCAAGAAAUGGAAUAAUUCAUAAUCAUGCUGAAAUCGGUAGCGGCAGAACAGUUAUUCUAGAGGAUGGUGAUAUUAUUGAGUUAAAACUAGCUGCUAAAUUUGUAUUCAAAUGUAUAAGAUAUGAAAUCCACUGCCUGAUCAACUUUGAGUCUAUGAUCGAAGGAUGGGAGGUUAGCAAUAAACUUAUUGGCUCUGGUUCGUUUGGUUCAGUAUAUGUUGCCAAUAAACAAAACACCAAAAGUCUCUUCGCGGUGAAAAUUAUUCCAAAUGCACAUUCAAGUUAUUUUCCUUCCAGUAAUUCUAAUAAGAAAACUGAAUCCAGUAUGCUAUUCGAGGUUCGACAUCCUAAUAUAAUCAAAGUUCAUGAUGCGAUAACUAUCGAUUCAAAUUUGUACAUCUUUCAAGAUUUAGUAUGCGGAGGUGACUUGUUCUCCUACUUAAUUGAUGGAAAGUUCUUGAAGCCAAUUGCCGAACCAGAAGCAAUUCUCAUAGUUUUUCAAUUGAUGCAAGCCUUAAACUUUCUACACAGAGAAUUGUCCAUUGUACACAGGGAUUUGAAACUCGACAACAUUCUACUAGAGAUACCCAUCCCCCAGUCUAAAAUAUACCUUUGUGAUUUUGGCAUCGCUAAAUAUCUUGAUAAUUCACAACAAACAACUGAUAGUUGUGUUGGUACGAUUGAGUAUUGUGCGCCAGAAGUAUUUUCUAACAAUACAAAAUUUGAACCUUACAUUCUGCUGCAGAUACCCAAUGAUGGUUAUAAUUUCAAAUGUGAUCUAUGGUCGCUUGGAGUGAUUUGCCAUAUUCUCUUAUCUGGUAUCUCGCCAUUUUAUGCCGAUGGUGAUAAGGGGAACAUGAUUCGAGCAGCACGAUUUGGUAGAUUAAAUCUCAACAAACCACAAUUCCAGAAAAUUACAUCAUUUGCAAAAGACUUUAUAUCAAAACUACUUAAAGUUAAUCCCCAACAACGAAUGAGUAUUGAGGAAUGUUUUGAACACCCAUGGAUUAAAUCGAAUAGAAAAAAAUUGGAUUGGUAUUAUUGCAAAUUAAUUCCCAAACAGUAA